UCUCAAGGCCGCCCAACAGCGAGCGACACCCCCGUUGCGUAAGCCAGGUUGGCAUUAGGCCCCCCCCCCAGGCCCGGAGCAGCAGAUCUCGCUUGUGAUCGUGAAGCUUGAGGCCGAGGUGACGGGAGGGUGUGGAGUUGCACAUCCAUGGCGCCGCAUGGCAGUUGAUCGUGCGGCGGGGAAGCUGUGGGCCAAGCAGUCUGCAGACCCAAUCAUCGCCAGGCUCUCCCACGAGCUCGGGCGAGGGCAUUUCGACUCGGUCCUCGGCGGCCUCGUCAUCAUCUUUGGGUGUGAGGAGCUGGCCGAUCGCACGGUCGCGCUGGCGCUGGCCUUGUGGAAGAGGGCUGGCUGGGCGCAUGUCGUCGGCGGCGCAGGCGCUGCGGCGGAGUGCUGUUCUGCAUUCUGGCGCCCUCGGGGUGCGCAAGUGGCGACAGCACCGCGAAGGAGCAGCUGCGGCGCGUUUGCAGAAGCAGGGGGGCCAGGCUGGGGGCCGGCGCCGCGUCGGCGAGCUUCCCCCUUGGAACGCGGCGGUUCGGGAGUUUGUCUCCAUGGGCUCGCUCAAGAUGUGCCGGGAGCCGUUGCCGCAGCCUGACAUCGUCUGACGUCACAGCCUUGAUCACCAGAGAGAAUUUCGAGCACCAAGAAAAUAC